GUGAGAAUUUGUAUGCAAAGCGCUGAUGUGAUUCCCAUCAUUCAGGGUUGAAUGACAUAUCCAUCAUUUUCAUGUAAGGUAGAGGAUAUGAAAAGCGUACUUUGCAGGGGAUAGGGGAGCAAACAUACUCUGUGCAUUGGCAGUGUGUGGUUAGUUCUGUUUGUUGAUGAUAUGGAAAUGUUUCUCUGUGAAACAAUCCAGCAUCCAAUCCAGAUUCCGCUCCUGGUUUUUCCUGCCUGCUCAUCGCAGCGUAUACCUUCCCUGACUCUCAGCACUCCAGCAUUGCUGUGCAAGCAGAUGUUCCGUCCUGCGCUGCCAAUUCUUACCAUUUUCGCAUUUUGGAGAAGGUACUCUUCUGCGCGAGCGCUGCAAAAGUGACCAAAAAGAAAAAAAGAGAGAGAAAAACCCCUCCUUCCCCACGACAGAAGCUGCCUCCCUCUUCAGUUCAGUUGGCAGGCGGGGAGGACUUGUGAGCGGAAUUGGGAUAAAUACACUACAGGGCUACAGUGAAAGACCCGCGGCAGUUUCCUCCACCACACCUGUGAUGCGUUGUUCCGAGCAACGAAGGCGCGCGACUGGGAUGCUGAUGGCACGGCGCGAGACGUGCUGAAGAAGGAAAAACUUGUGAAUAGAGGUGUCACAGAGGACACUCUACGGACGUGGAAAGAAAAAGGAAAGAAAAAAAACACGCGCGUGCCACUGUGUCGGCUCUCCGUUUCGAAACUUAAGUGAUUAAACCCACGAAGAUGCCCUUACCUCCGGGCCCCUUUGUCCGCUGCAGGUGGAGCGCCGCCGUCCUCGUGCUCCGGCUUGUUGUUGGCUUCUUCACGUGCACCGCCGGUUCGGAGUAUGCCGCCACAGCAGCGCUUCCUGCUGCUUUCUCAGACCGCUUACCUCACUUCCUGGUGGAACCAGAGGACAAAUACAUUGUGAAAAACAAGCCGGUGACCCUGACCUGCCGCUCGACUCCAGCCACACAGAUCUACUUCAAGUGCAACGGGGAGUGGGUUCACCAAGACGAUCACUACAUCGAGCACAGCGUUGAUCCGGCCACAGGCCUGCCCGUCAUGUGGGUGACGAUUGACAUCACCAGACAGCAGGUGGAGAAAAUCUUCGGCCUGGAUGAGUACUGGUGUCAGUGUGUCGCCUGGAGCACAACCGGAACCCAAAAGAGCCAGAAGGCGUACAUCAGGAUUGCUUAUUUGAGGAAGAACUUCGAGGAGGAGCCGCAAAGUAAAGAGGUUGCGUUGGACCAGGAGGUGUCACUGCGCUGCCAUCCACCUGAGGGAGUGCCACCAGCCGAGGUGGAGUGGCAGAGAAACGAGGAUUUGGUCGACCCAACAUCUGACCCCAAUUUUGUCAUCACGCCUGAUCAUAAUCUUGUCAUCAAAGCCGCCCGCCUGGCAGACACGGGCAACUACACGUGCGUGGCCAAAAAUAUCGUCGCUCGCCGCAAAAGCAACUCCGCCACAGUCCUGGUUUUUGUCAACGGUGGCUGGUCCACCUGGACCACCUGGUCGUCCUGCAGCGCUGUGUGUGGGCGUGGCUGGCAGAAGAGGAGUCGCAGCUGCACCAACCCCACGCCACUGAACGGAGGCACAUCCUGUGAGGGGCAGAACGUGCAGAAAAGUGCCUGUGUGGCCACCUGUCCAGUGGACGGAGGGUGGAGCGAGUGGAGCAAGUGGUCGGCGUGCGGCGCGGACUGUUCGAUGUGGAGGAGCAGGGAGUGCACCCAGCCUUCACCUGGAACUGGCGGCAAAGACUGCCAGGGACUCGACCUCCAAUCUUUAAACUGUACCAGUGAGCAGUGCCCACAGACUGUCCGUGGAGCUGAGGAUGUGGCGCUCUAUGUGGGCAUGGUGGCGGUGGCCCUGUGUCUGACUCUAUUGCUCAUCGUGGUCGUCCUGGUGUACAGACGCAAGAAAGAAGGCCUUGAUGCUGACGUGGCGGACUCCUCCAUCCUCACCACUGGCUUCCAGCCCAUGGGCAUCAAGCCCAGCAAGCCAGGUGUGUGGGCACCGCGGCCACGCAGGCCGCCCCACCGCAAGAACUCUCAUUUGCUCACCAUUCAGCCUGAUCUGACUACCACCACCACCAGUUACCAGGGCACACUGCGCUCUCGCCACGAUGCUACAGCCAAGUUUUCCAUGACCAACGGGCCUCUGCUGGACCCGCUUCCCAAUGGCUCUCACACCUUGCACAACGGCAAGCUCAAUCCGGAUCCUGCAGAGUUUGUCAGCAGGUUUUCCACUCAGAGCUACUUUAAAACUCUCCCCCGUGAUGUGGCAAACACCUCCUACGGCACAUUCAACUUCCUAGGCGGGAGGCUGACGAUUCCCAACACAGGAAUCAGCCUGCUCAUCCCUCCAGAGGCCAUCCCCAGAGGAAAGAUCUACGAGAUUUAUCUCACUGUUCAGAGGAAGGAAGAUUUAAGGUUACCCCUGGCAGGCUGCCAGACCCUCCUCAGCCCCGUGGUGAGUUGUGGUCCUCCAGGGGUGGUCCUGAGCCGGCCGGUUAUUCUCAGCAUGGACCACUGCUUUGACGCAUGCCUCGAUAACUGGGCUGUUCGCCUCAAGAAGCAGAACUAUGAGGGCACUUGGGAGGAUGUAUUGCUGAUGGGGGAGGAGCUGGUGUCGGAGCCGUUUUACUGCCAGCUGGAGGCCGAGACGUGCCGGCUGUUCUCGGAGCAGCUGGGUACAUUUGCCGUGGUCGGAGAGUCGCUGCACAUGGGCGCCGCGAAGCGCCUCCGGCUCGUGCUCUUCUCGGAUGCUUACUGCUCCACGCUGGAGUACAACAUCAGGGUGUACUGCAUGGACGACACACAGGACGUGUUCAAGGAGGUGAUGCAGAUGGAGCGGCAGCUCGGGGGUCGCCUGAUUGAUGAGCCUCAUGUCCUGCUUUUCAAAGACAGUUACCACAACCUGCGCCUGUCCAUCCAUGACAUGCCCCAGGCGCACUGGAGGAGCAAGCUGCUCGCCGGCUACCAGGAGAUCCCGUUCUACCACAUCUGGAACGGUUCCCAGCGGUACCUGCACUGCACGUUCACUCUGGAGCGGCUCAGCCUCAGCACCUGUGAGCUCACCUGCCAGCUGUGCGUGUGGCAGGUGGAAGGCGAGGGCCAGAGUUUCAGCCUGGACUUUAACAUUGCCAAGGACACUCGAGCGGUGGACUCCGAGUUUCUAGUAAUGGACAGCAACGCCACGGCUCUGGCAGGACCCAGCGCCUUUCAGAUCCCGUACCUCAUCAGGCAGAAGAUCUGCAGCAGUCUGGAUGCCCCCUGUCCCAACGGAGCAGACUGGAGGAUGCUAGCACAAAGACUUAAACUUGAGAGACACAUGAGUUUCUUUGCAUCCAAAGCGAGCCCCACCUCUGGGAUCCUGGACCUCUGGGAGGCGCAGCAUUUCCACAGCGGCAACAUCAACCAGCUGGCCGCCGUCAUGGCCGACAUCGGCAAACAGGAAGCCAUGAUUUUCCUGGUCUCUGAUGGCGACUGCUAGCCCAGAAGAGAGACUGAUGGGAGAGAAGUGUGGCACGCCAACAUACACUCAUAACAGCAGGAGGCGGGGCUAAAGAUGUUCUGAUGAUUUAUAUCGGGGGAGGGGGGUUUAAACCAUUUAUUCAAUCAUUUUAGGCUCAAAUCUGUCAAAGACGGUCCUUCGGGGGGGAAAAGUGGGUGUGUUUGUGGAAGCUGUUACCUUUAGCUGAGUGGGUCACUCCUUCAGAAGUGGGAGGAAUAUGCAAAACGCAGCGCCACAGCCACAAUACAUCCGUUGGUUGCUGAGUUCAGAAAGCUGAACGUUUCAUCAAAAGUGCCAGCGGUUCGCAGCUGGCCCGUCAUUUCCCGCUUGUCCCCGUUUCUCCGAACUGAUUGUGUUAGAGAGCCCCAUUUGCCCCCCUCCCCUCCCGGUCGGCUGUACUUCUGGGUCCGGUCGGCAUCACUGCUGUGAAUGUAACAUCUUGACAUCUUGAUUCGGCGAGACGCUUCACAGCUUUCCCUGCUUCUAAAUCAAUAUUUGUGAGGUGGGGGCUCUCUGAACCCCUUCUGUCUAAGAGAGGAGGGGAUAAUGUUGUAUUUUCAGUGUGGAGCCUCGGCUUCAGAUCCAUCGGGUUCGUUUCCCCGUCAUCCUCCAUCACGCUGGUUUCUGGUCACCGCUAAUGAAGGAGCCAUAGUGCCGAAAGGCGUUCUAGCUGCAUAUGUGUGAACACUGAAUGUCGUCUCCUUUCUAAAAUGACUUUUUCUUUGCCCCGUAAUUGCAUUAAUUCUCCAGUAUAGGAGCGUGGCCAAAAGGGUUAUUCUAGCGUAUGAAUAAUACAAAGCACUUUGCCACAGAAAAUCUGACAACAAAUUCUUCACAAUCUUAAUGAUUCCUCAUGCUGAAAGUGUGAUUGUGUAGCUUUGUUUGGAUCAUUUAUGAAGCAAUGUUGUUGGGGAUUCAACAUCUCCACAUCAGGAAGAAGCCCUUCACUUAGAUUAAGAGGCGUUUUCAGAAACUCUGCUGCUCGCUGAUGCUGGUUUUUUUUGAAUGUUUUUAUUUCAAACCCAGACAGCCAAUACGAUCCAUUAGCUGCAGCUCCGCUCAUUAUAUUUUUACUGCGUUACGUUUUCACAGUAAUUCCUUAGUAAUGGAUCUGUCAAAGCGGGCAGCAUAAAGAGGGUUUGAUUAAAGCCCAUUGGGUCAGAGGUGUACUUUGUGAAGGUGUGAGCAAUCCCUAACUAGCCAUAGUUGUGUGUCUGCCUCAGGGUUGCAUGUGAAGUCGUCUGCCUAAAAAAGAAUCACACAAUCUGUCCUUUUCUUUGACAGCUGGAAGAGUCCAUUCUGUCGUUUCCCCCCCCUCCAACCUUUAAGAUGAAUUAUGAUUGUCAGAUCUUUGGAAUGUACGUUUAGGGUUUCCUUUAGUGGGGAAAAAUAUCCUUGUUUUUGUUUUUACUUCUGCAGGUUUUGACAGUUUGUAGAUUCCUACAUGGCAUCUUAGCAGAAUUCAUUCUCUGAAACAUGCCGCCUCCCCUCCCUGUUCCAGUUUUCUACGGAUGCCAUGAAAUAAAAAUCGUCACCUUUUUAUCUGAUAGAACGAUUCCCCUCAAUCCUCGCCACAUAAAUGUAAAUAUGUUUUUCUAUAUCAGCCCUGUGCUGUUACUUUGCAUAUUGUAUAUGGGCAGAAAUGGGUAACCAAAGUUUUCGGAACCUCCUUUGAGUCCACGACACCUUUGUGUUGAUGAAAGCGUUGUUUCAUCGCCGUUUUUACAAACAGUUAGGGUAGCGUGAGUCCUAGCCGUCGUCUAAACGUCCGACUCGUUUCUCAUUUCCUACUUUUGUCCUGGAGGAUCCAUGCUGUCAGCAGUUUUUAUUUCAAACCACUUUGUAAACAAAUGUAAAUUAUAUUUUAAUAUGAAGCCAAAAAAAGACACUUAAGUGGCGCAGCAUUUGUCAAGUCUAAACCGUGACGUGUUUGCCUAUAUCCUGUUCUUUGGCGAUCUAGCAGUGAUUUGCAGUGUUAAGGGUUUAAAGGCUGUUUUUGUUUUUUUUUAAUCCAGAACUUUCUCUACGCGUCCUGUUCGUCCCGCAUACGUCUGCCUGAUCAUUUCCAGAAUUGUAAGCAUUUAAGUGCAGCGGGACUGUACCGGAGGAGGAAGACGUCAGUUCUUGGCCACCGACGAGCCAAUGUCGACACGCCACGUUCAGUCAGACGGCGUGGAAAAAUUUAGCACCCCCGUCUUUUGUCUUUGACGUGUCGCCUGAGCGCAUUUCAGUGAUGUGGUAUCACCGAGACAGAUCCCACUCCCCCUCCUCCGGCAGGUUCUGCGACGCCUCGGUUCCGUGUUGGUGACUUCUGGACUCGACGGGUUUCGGUGUGCAGCUCAUGUCGGUAACACGCGUGCUUUCUUCAAGAGUUCAUGGUGUCAGUUCACUCUGUGUUACGAGGAAAAAAAUGAUGCAUCCCAGCACUGUACUCUGUGUCACUCAUUAGGAGGCUGUGCGCAUUUUUCAGUUGGUGUGUGCGUUUGUGUGUGUGAGGCUGGGCGUGUGCAUCCCUCCCUGUCACUGACGGAACUGUUUUCUUUGGGAACUGAGAACAAUAGACUCCUGUGCUUGUAAAUGGUUUUCUAUUUGGUUCUUUGGUUCUAUGUUCCUUGCCUUUCUGCAAGUCAAAAAUGCUGUAUUUAUUACACGCCACAGCGCUUAUGCAAUUGUAUAUUCAUUCUGUUGUUUUCUUUGUUUGACUUUUUUUUUGUUUCUUAUUGUCAAUGUAAAUUGUUGUCAAAAGUUUUUGUGGCGACGGAAAAAAAGAAACUUCAGAGGGAAGUUUUCCUGUACUUUUUGGACAAUGAUAUGAAUUUGUGGGUAGAAUUUUGGAAAUUCGUUUCUAAGUGCUUUCAAGUAUUUACUUGGCCUUAUGUAUAUAUAUCUAUGACAUUUCAGAAAGGUAUGUAUAGUAAUUCAAUCCAAAAUUGUUGUAAAUAAAUUAUAUAUUGCUAAAAUCGAGGACUGGAGUCUUUAAUUGCAAAAAGAACGUCGACAUUAAACCAAACAUUUUGUGGAAUUUCACUUUGACGUCCGUUAAAAGAAACUUUUGCUAAAAAAAAAAUUUGCUAAAACAUCUUUACUGCACAAAUUUCAUGGAUUUAUAAAACUUUAUGCAUUCACGCAAGAGCCAGAAGUUACCUUCAAACUGUUAAAAAAAAAAAGGAAAAGAAAUUCUGGUUAAAAGGAUAAAAUGCAACCAACUAAACAGGAAACAAAACCUACUACCUCAAAAAAAGGAACAAAAGUGAAAAAUGUAAUUCUUCCGAUCGGUUCUUCUAACACUCUUUGAUGCCAAACGUGAUUUUUGUUAAAGUCGAUAUUAAAUUCUAUAGAAAUAGCUUUAUUACAGGAAGUUUAGGAUAUGCAAGGCGGAAAGUUAUAAAGUGUUUUUAAUUAGACUCACCAAAAAAAAUGCAGAUUCUGUAUUUAGUCACAGGUUUAGGGGCAGUUUAUUCAUCAUUUCCUUACACACAUUUAUCAAACUCCUAUAAUGUAAGCUGUUGAACUUUGACCUUUCGGGAUAGUGAAGCUUUCAUGAAAGCACCUUCUGCUCAGAAACCUGAGCUCCAGCAACAGUCUAUUAAACUUACAGAACACCGCAUUCUGUCCUUAAGACCUCCAUUUAUAUCAAAUUUCAUUUUAAGAUGCUUUAAUUAUUUUGAUUUUAUAAGAACUUCUGUAUUUUAUAUUCAUGUUUAAAGUUCAGAUGUUAUAUUCAACAGUCUCUAAAUAUAGAAUAAAAGUGGGAAAAUGAAAAGGAAAAUAUUUCCAAACAUUUAGAAGCUGUUAGGGUGAAUAUUCUGGAAAGGGAGUUGGUAGAUUUGUAAAGCUUUAAGUUUAUAAAAAUAUUCUUUUUUUUACUAGUUUUUGAUUUGUUGGUUUAAACCAAGUCUGUAAAUUUACCAGUGGUUGUAUAACACUAUUGUAACCACAAAAACAAAGUGUAGUUUAAACUAGAAACAAACUUAACGUUUUGUAAUUUACUUGUUUUUUUUUAGCUAAACAUCUAUUUUUUUUUUUUUUUCCCCCCUAAGCUGUUUCUUUUAUUUUUUUUUAACUGGAAUGGAAGAUUUAAAGUCUUAAUGAAUAAUUAGUGGGUAGUCG